UUUUCAGGUCCGUCGAUUAGCAAUGGAGGUUCGCCAGCUGGCUUCAUCUAGGCAGAUUACUGUUCUAAAUGGGAGCUCUACCCAGAGUAACUUAACAUCUCUUAUUGUUCCAGCUGCUGCUGUUGGAGCUUUGGGUUAUGGGUACAUGUGGUGGAAGGGUUAUUCCUUCUCAGACCUGAUGUAUGUAUCAAAGCAGAAUAUGGCAAAUGCUGUUUCAAACUUGACAAAACACUUGGAUCACGUCUCUGAUGCUCUUGCUGCAGCAAAAAGGCACUUGACUCAAAGAAUUGAGAACUUGGACGGAAAAAUUGAUGAGCAAAUAGAGAUUUCUAAAUUAAUUAGGAAUGAGGUUUCUGAUGCGCAAGCUGAUCUCUCUCAAAUUGGCUUUGAUUUGAAUGAUUUGCAUCAGAUUGUUUCCGGUUUGGAUGGAAAACUACAUUCACUAGAAGACAAGCAGGAGUUUGCAAAUGCUGGGGUAAUGUACCUGUGUAGCAUUGUUAAUGGGAAAAGGAUGGCCAUGCCAGAAAGGAUUCAGGAUCAAUUGAAACUUCCUGGAAAUCCAAUGCAAAAUCUCAUGGGUCUUAGAGCGAUCGUAGAUUCUCCCAACAGUACUUUAUUGACAGAUGGGAGUGUGCAUGAUAAUAAGCUCAGUAAACCCAUAACGAGGAAUUUUUCAAACAAGAGCUGACUGCUAGCUUUGUAAGAGUAUGCUACUUCUUCAAACAGGUGGUAGCGGCUAUAGAGUUAAUUGUGGUUUCUGUGCGAUAUAAUCUUCUCGAUUAUCAUAUGUAACAUAAAUUGAUACGAACCUAUACAUUUAUUUUAUUUCGAAAGUAUUAAUUUAGCUUUAUUUUAUAUUA